UGACAGCUAGCUUGAUGUUAGCUAGUCUUGCGUCAACAACGGGUCUUGGCAAAUCCCUGACCGACUCGUGUUUUUACACGUCUGCUGGACAUCUUUUAUCCAUGCAGUGUAACGUUAUAGUGUCAGUGUGAGACAUGCAGGAUAGGUAUAGCGAGAUAGGCUUUGUCCAGCAAAUACUCGGUUUGAAUUUAGUGCCGAGAAAAAAUGGCACACUCCGAGGCAACGACACGUCUCUCAGCGACUUCUCAGAGAUGUGGUACGGAGUGUUUUUGUGGGCAGCAGUCUCCUCUCUGGUGUUCCACCUGCCUGCAGCUCUGCUCUCCCUUGCGACGCUGCGCCAGCACAAGAUGGCCCGAUUCAUGCCCAUCGCCAUCCUCCUCAUGGGCAUCGUGGGACCAGUUUGUGGGGGAGUCCUCACCAGUGCAGCCAUAGCAGGUGUAUAUAAGGCAGCGGGGAAGAGGAUGAUUUCUUUGGAGGCUCUUGUUUUCGGUGUUGGACAGUCGUUUUGUGUCCUCAUCAUCUCCUUCCUCAGAGUACUUGCCACCCUUUAGCAGUGCUGAGGCCCAUCUGGCCGGCCAUGAUGCUGCCGUGUGAGUCUGACACCAGUUGCACCUCCUCUUGACGGGACCUGAGUUUAUCAUGGUACAAGACUAGAUCCCUGGUAUAUCCUGGGACACAUGUAAACCAGUCAGGCCCGGGACAUGAUGUCAUUUCCUACUGAGGGACCAGGACCAGAGCGGAUUUUAUUCAACUAUCACAGAAAGAGCAGUGUGUACAGUGGAGGUGUGUGUUAUACAGCAUUUAGCCUUCUGACUUGCUCUGUAUAAAGUCCACGGGACAGCACAAUGCUGCAUUCACAUCACGGAGCACACACUACAUACAAUAUAAGAUGUUUAUUUAAAAAUUCCCUGGCAGUGUUUCCUCAGUUUAUUCCAAAGUUAGGAGAAACCCUUAAAGGACCAGUGUGUAAGAUUUUGGGGGUUCUAUUGAUAGAAUAUGGCAGAAAUUAAAUAUAAUAUUCAUAAGAAUGUCUUCAUUAGUGUAUAAUUACCAGAAAAUAAGAAUUGUAUUUUCAGUACUUCAGAAUGAGCUUUAUAUCUACAGAGGGAGCAAGUCCUCUUCCACAGAGUCAGCCCUGUUUGCACUGCCAUGUUUCUACAGUAGCCCAGAAUGGACAAACCAAAUACUGGCUUAGAGAGGGCCUUUCGUGAGUUUCACAGCCACUCUGGGGUUUCCUACAGGCUUGGAAGGGUAGGGUGAGGCCAGGGGUAUUCAGUUGUUUGCGACUUUACCGCUAGAUGCCACUAAAGCCUACACGCUGGUCCUUUUUUAAAUAAUCAUUGAUAAAUAACUUUGCAGUUUUCCUGAAAGAUGUGAAGGCAGCUGGAUUCAGUUCUUCCCUGUUGUCAGGGUUACAGGUUAGCAACAGGAUGGCACUAACCUUUCUCAGGGCCUGUGUGUGUCACUAUGAGUCUGACAACAGUUUGACUCCAUGCAUUGACCGCAGGGAGACAGGACAACAGGCAGGUCGGUGCACUGUUGAAACAGGAAGGUGAUGGUUAUAUGCAAGAUUCUGGCUUUUUCCCCUGCGGCCUUAAUAUCUAUUUUCUAACUUCCAAAGUGGUGUUUAUCUUCAGGGCUGUCUUUCUUUAGCACUCUUGCUGCUGCUUUUGUUCUUCCUCAUACUUUUUGUUCCAAGUAAUCUUGAUGUCUAAUUAAGUCUGAAAGCCUGAGAUUGUUGUUAAAUUGAAUUUAGUGAGAAGCACCAGCAUACAAGUGAAGAGAAUUGUAAUUGUGUUUAGUCCUGAUCACAGCCCUGCAAAUGUAUCCUAGAGAAUGUCUUCAGUUUGUUUAUGCGCACAUCUUCAUCAUUUGUUUAUUUUUUUGGAGUGAAUAGAUCAAGGUUUGAACACGGAGCACCAGGAUGGUCCGUUACUAAACAAACCCAAAAUGAGAAGAGCUUUUGAGGUCUUUGUUUUACAGGUGUGCCAUUUCAUAACAGUGAACUUUGUAUGUAAUCUAAAUUGUUUGCGGUUCUUUGGAGCCAUUCAGUCUUUAUGAUGAAAUAUGAAUUGCUGUUUUAUUUUUCUGCACUAAAUGGCCGUAUGAUAUUUCAACAGAACACUCCCCUGUAGUUUUUAUGGGCUCAUGAAAUUCCUACAGUCUUCAGUGGCUGCUUUUAGUUGCUUUUGUUAGCUGACCGGUUUUUUGAAAGUAGUAUCAUAUGUGCAACUUGCAUAAACAGACAUGAGUUAACUCUACAUGUAAUACUUUGUAUGUAGUGACACUGUUUGCUAUUUCUGUAUUAGCAACUACUGACGCCCGGGCCACACUGCUGUCCUCUCCCUGUGUCUCUGAACUGCUGCUGCUGCCAGCCCAAUGAGGUUGCCAUUUAUAAAAAAAAAAAUACAACAAAAGCCUUGCUAACAGCUGAAAGAGAUUCUGUCCACAGAAACACUGGAGGGAUUUUAAUUUGAAACGGAAACAUUUGUAUGUCUGUGACAAAGGAAUGAAAGGUGCCACGUUGCUGGUAUGAUGUCAGUAUGACUAUCAACAGACGAUUUUCACAAUUGACAGCAACUCUCAGGAUGAAGCAUCACACUGCUCAUGAAGGCUGUGUGGCCCGGGCGUUAGCCGUGAUCUAAAACUAGCUGCUGACACCACUACCAUUUAUUUCCUAUUGGAGUCACUUUUCAAAGUUAGACAUUGGUUUUGGUUUAAUUUUAACUGUAUAAUUGUCUUUAUGAAAAGCUACUGCUGUGAAAACUGCUUAAUAAGUUUUCAUCAUGCGAGUUCAUAAAGGAUUUGUGCAAAGUUCCGUGCAGAUCAGACUCACCACCUGGGAGCUCACAAAAGCAGGUUUCUCAUAUUUCACGAUAUAGGCAUAAAUAGGCGUGGCCUAUAUUGUGAAAUCCAGUUAAAUUCAGGGAACGUGUGAGUGUAAGGUUUUGAAUUUGCAACAUACUGUGGGGACUUACAGCCCAAAACACACUUACCUUGAUUAUAGCCCCACCUGCUGGUGGACGUCUCAUGUUUUGUGUCUGCUGUAUGUGCACCGCUAUACCACCCGUGUGAAUUUCACUUUGCCUUGCAUGCGUAGUCCCCAGCCCCCUCUGGCAUGGACCCUGAUUAAAGGUUCACACUGGGUCCUUCUACAAGGCUUUAAAAGUAGUUAAAUUUAGGAUCCACCUUACGGCCUUCACAGUUUGAGUUUAGAUCAUGCUUUAAUGGUGCACAUUACCAAACAAGUACAGAAGUAAUCAAAUUACCACACCAGAAUUGCCAUGCAGUGAUUGAGGGUCUGGGGCCCGGGGCAGCUCCACCCAGUUGCUAGUCUUCACUACGAAUGUAACAGAGAGGAAUCUGUCAGUUGCUGAACCUUCUUCUUUCAAGGUUUAUUUCAUUCUGGUGCAGUAUUUGCAUAUUGGCAUCUGUCAUUGCAACCAGGUUACCCAGGCCAGUUUUCUGUUAGCUGCAGUUAGACUUACAGUACAGACUUCGAUCCUUUUUAAUUCAUGCAAUAGUAAAGAGAGAGCAAACAGCAGAUUUUCUCAUAAUUCCAUCAAAGAAUUUCUUUAACCCUUUAAACCAAAGAUGGCUUGAAUUCCUCAUGUGCGCCCCUUACUUAACUAGCUACAAUUCACUUCUGUUACAUCUGAUAGAAUUGUUUGAAGUGCAUGUAAAUAUGCAACAAAUGAAAUUGACACUAAAAUGUAGAAUCAUUUGGCUUAAGUUUAGUUCUGCGAAGUAAAAGCUAUAAAACUACAAAGGCCAUGACCAGGGAACUUGGCUUUGAUGACAACACACUCACAUUGGAAGGACAAAAAUACAGAAGUCAGCACCAAUGGAACCAACAGUGGGACAUGAAUUGUUUCUGGAGAGCACCCAAAAUGAUACCUGAAGACUUCAGAGCCACACCAAACCACUAACUAAUUCAAAAUUUAAUUUCAGUUAACAUUUGAGAUAGAUUUCCUUUUCAACACUGAGAAGCUCAGUGUGCGGCAUUACACUGUACCUAUGUUGGGGAGGAAGACAUAUGAAAGUAUAAAUGUUUGUUUUUACAAAGACUUCAAGUCAAAGCACCUCACUGAGAUGUCUGGCUGAUGCAGAAACAAAGGAGCCGUGUGUCGACCCCUUGGCCUUGCUUUUAUGCUGUAUAUUUUGGAGAAUGUUUAUUUUUUUUACGGUUGUGUAAUUUAGCUCUCUGGUUCUGUUACAGCAGCACACAUUAGGAGUGGGGGGUUGAACUUUGACACUGAUGACAGUCUGGAUAUUUUCUUCAGCUAGUACUUAACAUUAAAAUAUGUCCUGUGUGAAACUCACUGGCAUGCUCAUGGAUAUAUGACUAUAGGCACUGAAAAACCACCAACAAGAAGUUUUGCGAGUAUAAUUUUGGAGCUUCUUGUAUUGAGAGUAAAGGUCAGAAGUAAAAGCAAAUGCUUCUAUGGGAACUGUUGGAGACAGCAGUAAAUGCGUACAGACUGGACCGUCUCAGGGGAACAUGUUUAGUCUGGCCCUUUACGUAAGACCCCAGAUGUGGUUAAAGUCCAAGGAUAAAUGUUCUUGGAGCUGCUUAAAGCAGAAGGAUAAGACAGGCAUGAAGUAACACUGAUUAAAGUAGCUGCACAAAACUCGCCCCCAGUUGGUCCAUAUGCCAGGCCUAUUUCCCAAUGGCGGGGGGGGGUUAAAAUGUAAAAACCUAAUGCAGUCUAGUACAGAAGUCCUCCCUUCAUGAAGGUUAAUUUGUUCAGUUUUUGCUGAAAAUAUUUAAGAGAAGAGACGGGAUGAUCAUUUUAGACAAUGGAGAUUGUGGUGCUGGUGAGUUGUAUUGCAUUUUAUACCCAAUGGUAUUUCUAAUAUUUUGUCCACCCCAUUUAUGUCAAAGAGGGUUUUCUACCCUUGUUGCAGGACUGUUGUGUUAGACCGACUUAGUUUUACCUAGGUGGAUGUGAUUAACUGGAAAAAUGCAGACAUUGGCGAAGUCCUCAUUUAGAUCUGAAUUUAAACGAUCUCAUAACCGGCGUAACAAAUCUGAUCUAUUUGAUCUCCUAAUUUUGAUUCACCACAUUUUUACAUUUGAAAUGGUAGGUAGGUACAUGUAUUAGGUAGAGCGCUACACAAAGUCAGAAUAAAACAAAUUUCAAGGUGAUGCUGGGUCUCUGCUGUAAUAGAACCAUUUGUUUGGCUUGGUCCACAUUCCUGGACUGACUUCAUUAUUUUUUUACAAAUUCAAAUAGUUUUAAAAGUUGAUUUUGUUAUAGUAAAUUAAGUGCCAAUGGUUAAUAUUUUCAUGGAAUAAAAAUGUUUCAACCAUAAA